AAGAAAAAAAACACACACUUACUCACGAAUCCUCUGCUUCUUCUAGCAAUUUCCAACCUCUUGUUUUUUACCCAAAUCAAAUUGAAGAACAAAUAAGAAGAUCAAUUGGAAAGGAUUCCGGGAAAUUCAAACAUUUUCCAGAAAUCGAAUUGGGGCAAAUUCAACUGAACCCCACUUGACCCAGAUGAAGGUGCUUGAUUUAGGGGCCUUUGUUGGAGAUUUAUCCAUGGAGGACGAUGGUGCCAGUGACGAUGUGUCGCUUGAAGGGCUACAACAAGAACUGGAAGAAUGUGUAAAUGAUGAUGUGGUGGCUAACAUCUUGUCGAAAGGUAUUAAACUACGAGACUAUACAAAGACUGUCGAGAAGAACCUACGUGAAGGUGAAUUAGAUUCUAUUCAGGAUUAUAUAAAAGAAAGUGAUAAUCUUGUCUCGCUUCAUGAUCAAAUUCGUGACUGUGAUACCAUCUUGUCACAGAUGGAGUCCCUUCUUAGCGGAUUUCAGGCUGAGAUUGGUUCCAUAAGUUCGGACAUAAAAGUUCUCCAAGAGAAGUCAAUGGACAUGGGCCUGAAGCUGAAGAAUCGCAAGCUGGCAGAAUCGAAGUUGGCCAAAUUUGUUGAAGACAUUAUAGUCCCACCAAGGAUGGUUGAUAUCAUUGUCGACGGUGAGGUCAAUGAGGAGUACAUGAGAACAUUAGAGAUACUCAGUAAGAAGUUGAAGUUUGUGACUGCCGAUUCAACGGUGAAGACAUCAAUGGCCUUAAAAGAUGUCCAACCUGAGUUAGAAAGACUCCGGCAGAAGGCAGUUUCCAAGGUUUUUGAUUUCAUGGUUCAGAAGCUUUAUGCGCUGAGAAAACCUAAAACAAACAUACAGAUCCUUCAACAAAGUGUUCUUUUGAAAUACAAGUACGUUAUUGCAUUUCUUAAAGAACAUGGCAAGGAGGUGUAUACAGAAGCCCGUGCAGCUUACCUUGAUACAAUGAACAAGGUUUUGAGUGCACAUUUCCGUGCUUAUAUACAAGCCUUGGAGAAACUGCAGCUUGAUAUAGCAACGUCCAAUGAUUUGAUUGGUGUUGAAGCCAGAGGCACCAGUCUCUUCUCAACCAGAAGAGAGCCUUUGAAGAACCGUUCUUCUGUUUUUUCUCUGGGGGAUAGAAUACACAUUUUAAAGGAAAUUGAUCAACCUGCAUUGAUUCCUCAUAUAGCAGAAGCAAGUUCUCAGAGAUAUCCUUAUGAAGUUCUUUUCCGGAGCCUGCAUAAGCUCUUGAUGGACACUGCCAGUUCUGAGUAUCUUUUCUGCGAUGAAUUUUUCGGGGAAGAGUCCUUGUUUUCUGACAUAUUUGCAGGUCCAUUUGCAGUUAUCGAUGAGCACUUCAACGCAAUCUUGUCAAAUUCUUUUGACGCCAUCGGCCUAAUGCUCAUGAUUCGCCUUACCCAUCAGCACCAGCUUAUCAUGUCAAGAAGGCGGAUUCCUUGCCUGGACUCAUACUUGGAUAAGGUGAACAUUGCACUAUGGCCCCGUUUUAAGAUGGUAUUUGACAUGCACAUCAACAGUCUACGUAAUGCAAAUGUGAAAACGUUGUGGGAAGAUGAUGUUCGUCCUCACUAUGUUAUGAGGCGUUAUGCUGAGUUUACCGCUUCCCUCAUUCAUCUCAAUGUUGACUAUGGAGAUGGCCAGCUGGAGAUGAACUUGGAAAGACUUAGAAUGGCAGUUGAUGAUUUGAUUAUGAAGCUAUCCACACAGUUUCUUAAAUCCAAACUGCAGAGUGUGUUUCUUAUAAACAACUACGAUAUGACGAUUGCUGUCUUAAAGGAAGCUGGUCCUGAUGGUGGUAAGAUUCAAAUCCAUUUUGAGGAGGUUUUGAAGAGCCAAACGACUAUAUACGUGGAAGAACUACUGCUGGAGCACUUCAGUGAUCUGAUCAAGUUUGUGAAGACCAGGGCAUCUGAGGAUCCAAGUUCGAGUUCUGAGAAGGCCAUAUCAGUCAAUGAAGUUGAGCCACUCGUGAAGGACUUUGCUAGUAGAUGGAAGGAUACAAUCGAGCUGAUGCACAAAGACGUGAUUACAUCCUUCAGCAACUUCUUGUGCGGCAUGGAGAUUUUAAGAACAUCACUAACUCAGUUGCUGCUUUACUACACACGCUUGUCCGAGUGUGUAAAGAAGGUGCAGGGUGGUUCUGCAUUGAACAAGGAUCUCGUCUCCAUUCAAUUAAUUAUUCACGAGAUCAGGAAAUUCUCGAGGACUUUCUAGGUAAUUGAGUAGUAAAAUGAAUUACCCUGAUAAAAAGAGAUAGGAAGUUUCAAGAUCUGUUGAUAGUCUGAGUUGAUUCUUAUAUUAGAAGUGCUCCUUAAAGUUCAGCUGCUGUCAUGGAACCUUUAAAUGCCUGAAUGUUAAUGGAGGAAAGAGGACAACAAUACAUCUUCUGAAGUUUUGUGUAUUUAUGCCAUUAUGGUAUGUGUCCAAUUUUGGGUUUUCGAAUUUGUAUGUAAUGAUUUUGAAGUUUACUUGUAAUUAUACUUACACAGAAUCCUGUUAUGAAUCUGUGAUGCAUCUUGAUCUGUGUUCAAUCUUUCAGUCA